AGGUUGUUUUAUGAUAUCAGCUCGGAUAAGCAAGCCUCCUCAAGAAUGCUCUCAAAAGUCAGCCCAGCGAAGGAUGACACCCAGCACUAGAGGAAUCCCACGGGCGGCUGAUAAGAAGCGGGGUAAUACCAUGCGAGAAAAGAGUCGCGGUCGAAUUUUCAAACUCAAGCUCAUCACGCCGGCCAAUCUCGAAGAUCUUGCGGUCAUACGGCACAACCUGCGAGAGUCAGUAAAGCUGAUGGACACCAAAUUCUCCAUCCCAUGGGAGGAUGCUCAAGGCGCCGCCGAUCAGGACUUGCAUCAUGUCCAGGCCGCCACGUCAGUAGAGAUGCUCAAGGCAGCUCUAGCGGAGGACGAAUCGCAAGUUGCAUUGCUGCCCACCCCUGGAGAAUCUCGAACUUCGUCCCCUAUGGAGCCGGCAUCUCGCGCUCCGCAAUCACCAGUAUCAGAAUCGGCUCUUCCUCAAACAUUGGUACCACCUCUCGGUCGUCACGGUGGUUCUGGUGAUGCUCCGCCGAUGGACACUGUUAUCUUCGAUGAAUCGGGCGACUCGGCUGCUGAGCAGUCUGUUCUCGACCGAUCCGAACCGCCCCCUGGUUCUGAUGACAGAGGCGAUGAUACGGUAUCUCGCAGUGAAUCGGUAUCUAGCUUCGCAACGCGCGGUAAAACUAUCACUGGUCUUCAUAUGCGCCAGCGACUGAAGAAUAUCUUUAAUAAGGAUCGCCGAGGCUCUAAUGGGAAUGAAUCUACCACCAGCGGUGGCGGAGCAGCGUCCAUACCAGUGGUGCCACUGCUCACGAGCGUUCCCUUUUCCAGGACUCCUUGCGUUCUGCAGCUCAGCGAGAUGAGCCUCCCUAGUGAUUGCGUAGUAUCUCAACUCACUGUGUGCGGGUCUUGUGGAGACAUAGCAGCUGGUUGCAUUAGUGGUGAGAUCUACCUCUGGACCAGGGAAUACGGUUCGGUAUACACUAAGAACGCCGAGACCAUACUAAAGGGUCACGUUGACAGUAUAUCAUGUUUGCACUGGGCAGCUAGAGGUCAGCUUAUCAGCUGCUCACUCGAUGCUUCGACUUGCAUCUGGAUGCCGAGAGAAUCCAAGCGUCCCGUCUACACUCUACGUCAUUUUGCACACAGUAGUUCUCCAUCUAGUAAAGGGACACUGAUACCCACCUAUGCUAGUACGGCGCCAGCAGCUAAGGACUCAAACAAGAGAUUUCUGAUGAUAGCAUGCGCGGAUGGGACCAUUGAGAUUUACUCUAUGGCCGAGAAUGCUCGGGAGCAGCCUCAUCUGAGGCAUCGGGUGAAGAUCGAUCAAAUGGCUACCUGCGUGGCGCUGUCUCCAGAUGGGUCCCAGAUAGCUGUGGGGUCGGCAGUGGGUACAGUAUCGUUGUUCUUGAUGAAGUCCUUGAGGGGGGAGGGAGUGUUUGACUGCCGCAAUCGGGCAGGUAAACUCCGUAAUGGUCGGAAGGUUACUUCUAUACAGUGGGAUGCAUCGGGCCAGAGGUUAUUGGUGUGUUGCGGAGAUUCUCGAGUGAGGAUUGUACAUCUGAGAGACCUGUCGAAACGAACCAAAUUCAAGUCAUCGCUAUACUACACUAAUCAGAGCAUGAUGCUGAUGGCCACUUGGUCGGCAGGGUCAACGAAGAGGGUUCUUUCAGUCGGAGAGACCGGAUGGUUUUGUGGAUGGAGUGUCGAUUACGCCACUAAAGAUACCAAUCAGGCCCCUUUGGUAUGCCACUUGCUAGACGGUAUAGGUCGACGACAAUCCGACAGGACCACAUCGCUAACCCCUCCGGAAUCCCCGUCUUUGCAGUCUCAGCCUCUCUCAUCACCACGCCACGCUGCAGGUUCCCAGUCCGGCUCGGCAUUUUGUACAGCAUCCUUUCUCUGUCCAGUACGACAGGCUUUGUCAGGGCAUCCUCUGGUUGAUACAGUAUUUGGUAGAGUUGGUCGCAGUGCCGAAUGUUUUUCUCUGCUGGCAGUUGCAACAUCUAGCGGUGUGAUUCGUCUUUGCCUCGAUCUGUCCGCGGCUGAGUGGCAGCAGAAUCGCGCUCAUCAUCUGUUGCCGAUCGGCCACAGCGCCCUACAGGUGUUCACAUCUCGGUCUAGCUAGACCGACUCAGAGUUUUUUUGGAAUGAACGAUAUCAUUGCUGUUCUUUGGCUAAUUAGCACCACUGUCCACCACUUGAGUGUAUCGUUCGCUACAUUAUCAUCAGCAAGUUCUAAUUGACUAAGCAGCUGGGAGAAAGUCGACUGUGAUCGACCACCGCACUGAACGUUGCUGAUGAUCAUCACCCCGUGAAUCUGCCGUGAAUUUCAGCAGCCAUAUUAUGAGCAUUUUCAGU